UAGCAUAGAAACAACGUCAUGAUAGAUUGGUAGGGUAAGACUCUUGCAUGCAGGUUGAAAAAAAUCGAUUAUCUGAGUGAAAAUGUAGUUAUUUUUAGUUUUUAAAUCAUAAAGACAUGUCAUAUAGUGACAGAAUCAAUUCUUCGGGUAAUUACUAUUUCCGGUAUGAUGAAGAUAUCGGAAAACAUGGGCCUUACAUAGAGUACCCUGACGCUCCGGCCGUAACACCUUCCGGUUAUAUUACAAUUGAACUACCAUCGGAUAGCUCUUCAGAUGAUACGCCAUCUCAAAGUCUUUCAGAAGCGAGUUCUCCGGAACCAGUAAAGGCUGACCCAAAUAUUGGAAUGGUUAUUAUACAAAUGGAUGACGGCGGUCCUAGACCUAAAAGAAGUAGAGCAUCAGACAUAGUUAUACCAAUUGAUUCCGUGUCGUCGCCGGAAAUUAUUAAGGAGACGCCGGUUGAGGAUGGUUCAAGUACAGAUGACAAUUCGCCCAUUCUAACUGCCGAAGUAGAUAGCGACGAAUGUACAUUUUUCAACGAUAUAGUCGACAACCAAACAACUUCCGGGCCAGAUUAUAGCAGUUCCUCAUCUGAAUGUAGUUCAUCAGACGAAGAAGAACUCAAUCGUGAGAGUAUCUCGGCUUCUGAAAGUGAUUACGAAGACAACAAUGAGGCACUCUCUGACAAAGAUAGCUACGUUUCUGAAUCCAACGUUGAAUACGAUAUCAACGAUGAAGACAACGACAAUGUUGACGAUGAUGUAAGCGAGACAACCUCCAAAAGCAUAAGAUCGACAUCCAAUUGUAACAGGAUUGGUAUUUCUGAAACAAGCCUUUUAAAUCUGUGUCAAAGAUUUCAAAAUGGAGCUGCUAGAUAUGAAGAAAUACUUGAAGCGAGAAACCGUCUAGGUAGACAGAUUAAACGCACAUUUCCAAACCAUCAACUGUCUUCUCACAUCGCAUUGAGAAUGUUUUCUUCCUUGUCUACUAGCUAUAAACUUAAAAACAUCGGUUACGUUAACAUGGAUUCUCUGCCUGCUACAUCAGAUGCAUGUCCCGUCUUGAACCACGAAGCAUCUGGAGUUGGUGACAUAGUUGAAAUUUCCCGCGAAAACGAGACCUCCAUCUCAGCCGAUGGGACUCCAACUGAAAAUGACAGCACAUCUCCAGUAUGUAGCACACGGGUUGACUUCACGCCGGCUGCACGUAGUAAAGUCGAAGGGGCUAGGACAGCAUGUUCUGAAGCAGCUAACGAAGUAUAUAGUGUGCAGUCUGGCCGGGAGAAUCCGCAAGCCAAGUAUGACAGUGAAGUCAGGCCCAAUCAGCCGGGUUUAAACAUGCCAGCUGUCAACUUCCACCGGAAAAAGAUUAAAGAAGUGCUACCACCUAUUCCAAAAUCGGCAGGAAGAUCCAAACCCCAGACAGCCGUUGACAAAAGUAAUGAAAAGCCUUCAGCUGCCCUUAAAUCAGCUAAUAAACAACUGAUUAUUAAACCUGAAUUUCAUAACCGCAAACAAUGCCAAGUUGCAAAACCUGGUAUCCCUCACCAGCUGCGAUCAGUGGCGUGUUACAGGGACGGCAAGGUGGACGUGUCCAUUACAGGCGAUAAGAGACUUAUACCCGAGUCAGAACCGCUCAACGUCAACAUCACAUUUAUACAUAAACCGUUCACGAUGCCAUACAAAGAGGCCAAGGUCACUGACGAAGAUGAUGACAAACAGUCAUCAUCUAUAAAAAGGAAACCGUUUCCAUCACCAGUAAAAUGCUUUAGUCCCAAUAUUCCACCUCAAAGCAAAAUACAGCCUAAUAAAAGACCGUUGCCUCCGUUGAAGCAUGUACAGAAGACCGAAAAAAGAGAUUUUAAAAAAUUAAACAAUAUUCCAAAAUUGGCGAUAGACUCAAGGCAAGUCGGUCAUUUUCCAAGCCAUAAAGCUCUUCCCCCAUUGCGCAAUGUUUCAGGAAAAGUUAGACAGUACAUUCCGAUCGUGGAGAGAAAAUUAAAAGUGGUUACCAGCAAGAAACGUAAUAAAAAGUCAACAACAAAACAAGAAAAUUUAAACUGGGACAUCGUAAAUGACAGAGCCCAGCGGCCACCAUUUAAUACCCACAUAAAUACAGAAGCUUCCGAGAGACACCAAAAAAUAUUUGCAGAUAUUCCUGUUUAAAUCUGUACAAACUUAAAAUCUAUUAAAAUAACGAACACAAAA